AGGCAUAAAGACCCCCACAUUUUUGGACUUUGCCGAAUUGCGGAGGAGUAAGCCAGAAAUGAAGUAAGAUUCAAUCUUCUUUGGUCAAUUGAAGCAAUUGGGAUCUAGAAAUUUCGACGUUUGCGAGUAUCUGGCGACUUGUCAUCCAUCUACUCCACUGUCUAGGUAUAGGUAUUUAUGUCAUCUACUGACCACAUCCAAUGUCUUGUGAUAGGCAGUGAUUGAAACAUCGGUCUUGCUAGAAGAAUUCUACCUGCAGAAAGACAUUCAAUUGCCUUCGAGCUACUGUAUAUAAAAUGUCUACCGUGAUCAUCGGAGGAGGGAUCAUUGGGUCCUCAAUCGCAUAUUACCUGUCCGAUAAAAGAUCAGGGGAGGGCAUUCAUAUCAUCGAAUCCUCAUCCAAGCUUUUCAGCGCAGCAUCUGGCUAUGCUGCUGGUUUCAUGGCCAAGGAUUGGUUUGCCCCUUCCCUCGCCCCGCUUGGUGCCCUUUCAUUUGAUUUACACCACCAACUUGCCGUUGAAAACGGGGGAGAGGAGAAAUGGGGCUAUAUGAAAGGAGCAGCGUUUAGUAUGAAUACUACUGAUGCAGACAAAAAAGGUGGCGCCCGUGGGGAUGACUGGUUGCGAAAGGGAACAAGCAGGGCAGAGACUGCCGCAGGAUCCAGUCAGGCAACCAUGUGUGAGCCGCCGGAUUGGAUGACGAAGCAAGAAGGAAUGGGUAUGGAGCAGAUUAGUGAGGAGGAUACAGUUGCUCAAGUUGACCCAUUGAAACUGAGUACAUAUCUCAUGGAUGUCUCGGUAUCCCGUGGCGUGAAACUCCACAAUCCAGCCAUGGCAAAAUCUCUCGUCACGGACGAAGCAACCAACACUAUCAAGGGAGUCAAAGUGGUAAACCUCAACAGUCAGCAGGAGUCGAUUAUCCCCUGCACAAAUCUGGUCGUUUGCACAGGCUCUUGGACCCCGAAGACAUUCCAAGGUCUUUUCCCAGCCUCCAAGACCUCAAUUUCUAUGUCCCCUCUGGCUGGCUACUCGCUGGUCGUUCGCUCUCCACGAUAUACGCUGAAGGAUGAGCUUGAGAAGUACAAUGGCCGAAGCAAUGCUGUUUUCACAACCCACCCGUCUUCAUGCGGAUUUAGCCCAGAGUUAUUUUCUCGACGUGGUGGCGAGAUAUACAUUGCGGGUUUAAACAGCACGGAUAUGCCUCUCCCCACCCAGGCAGAGGAGACCUUUAAGCUUCAAGACCCAUCUGAAAUGGAAAAGUUGAAGUCGGUAGCUGUCCGGUUAAUGGGCAAACUUUCCGAAGGCAGUUCAGAGUCAACCGAGGAAAUCCCCAAUAUCGAUGAUUUGGAAAUCCUACGCGAAGGAUUGUGUUUCCGUCCUGUUGCAACUCGUGGAACACCGUUUGUUUCAAGAGUAGCAGAUAGUUUGUUGGGGAACAAUUUGAAGACGGGUUCCGGAGAAGGCGAUGGCAAGGGAGGUGUGUUUGUUGCCUCAGGUCAUGGUCCUUGGGGAAUCUCACUCUCGCUAGGAACCGGAAAGGUCAUGGCAGAGUUGAUUGAAGGAACCCAGACCUCUGCUGAUGUGACUGGGCUGGGAGUUUGAGUUGAGUUCCAAUAUGUUUAUAUUCGACGCUUGUCUUGGUCCAUGUACAAAAGUGAUAGAAAAAAGAAUAUCUGAUAGAAUAUAGAAUGGAAUGAUGAGAUUUUGGGGUCC